AUGGCAAAUCUUGGUCUUCCAGAGCCAGAUUUUGAAAGUGAACUAGAAGUUCUGCCAAUGAUACUGCAGGAAGAGCUAAAUUUUGAUAAAUCUGCUCUCUGUGACCGAGUUUUCGAGAGGUACCUAACUCUAAAUGUUGAACAGAAGUAUAUCUUUGACCAAGUUGUUGAAUCAGUUAUAAACAAGGAGGGGGAAAUAUUUUGCUUGAACGCGAGUGGUGGCUCCGGGAAGACUUACACAAUCAAUUUGAUUCUCGUUGAAGAUCGAUCACAAGGUCAUAUUACUGUUGCCACUGCAGUCUCUCCACUGCAUUUGAUUGAUUCUACAAGGCUAUGGGGCCUUUGUGAAGUGGUCUUCAGAGGUAUUGAUGAGAAUUAUGGAGGGAGGCUAUGGAUGAGCAGCAGAGCCAUCAUUACUCCUACAAACAAGGCUGCUGAAGAAGUGAAUACAGUUGUCAUGUCAAAAUUUCUACGAGGAGAUAGUAAAACGUAUCGAAGCUGUGACACUUUACACGAAAACGAGAAUGAAUUCCCAGUGGAACUGAUCAAUGAUCGCAAUCCAUCAGGGUUUCCACCACACGUUUUGGUUUUGAAGAAGCAUUCUUCCAUUAUGCUGCUCAGAAACCUUGAUGCAGCAGGUCAUUGCAACGGAACACGAUAUAUAGUCUUGAAUCUGCACAACCACAUUACUGAAGCAGAAGUGGCCACCGGGACACAUGCUGGAAUCCGAAUAAUGAUACCACGAAUUUCACUGACCACCACUAAAGACUAUCCGUUCUCAUUUUCCAGGAAGCAGUUUCCUGUGAAGCCGGCUUUUGGAAUGACAUCAAACAAAUCCCAGGGCUUAGACAAAUGCUCAGAGAAAGCUGGAAUUUACCUGCCAACACCUGUGUUCAGCCAUAGCCAGUUCUAUGUUGCCAACAGAAGGGUUGGUUUUGAGAACAAUGUGCAUAUAUUAGCUUUGGCCUCAGAGUAUAAGGGUAGAAAAAGAAUUUACACUGACAACGUUGUCUAUAAGGAAAUUCUUUAA